CUUUACUAUUUACCAAUGUAAUCGUGAAUAAACACGAAUACCAUAACAUGUAAUGCAAUUUUAAAACUACGUGUCUUAAAUAAAAUUAUAAUAUUAAUGAAAUAGUUAAAACAAGUGUUAAAGUUUGGUGAGACAUUCACAGUUACGACAGGUAUCAAAAUGACAUCAAAAUCGUGCAUUCACAAGCUAAUGUUUUAUAUGCAAAGCAAGGAAAUGUUCAAGCUCACCCCACAGUUGUGUCGACUAGCCAAAGAGGAGUACCAAGAAACAAUGUCAAAGCUGCCAUCGGACGUUAAGAGUGACUCCAGUUUCAAUAAAGUAUUGCAACUGAUUGAACACGUGGAGAACUCCGAGUUUGCACUUGCGGUUGAGAUGCUUGGGGAUGCGUACAAAGAACAUGAAGAAAUGAUGAGUUACACUCCAAAGAAACCUAAAAAGACCAUUGAGAGAGAGGAGUCGCCGUCGAUAUUCGAGGAGGGCUGGCAGCCUCCGGUGCGCCCUGGAGAUCCACCAACGCCACCGGCGGUGCAACACAACUUGAACGAGGACGAUAGUAGGAACUGGCAUAAUCAAUCUCCCGUCGUCGUCCGCGAGUACAAGAAACCCGAGAAAGAAGGAACUGAUGAAACUGAUGGAGAAAAGUCAGUUGAACGUGCAGAUUUUUAUGUUUGCUUAGCUGUGUAUUCUGUUCUUGUAAUGGGUCUAUAA